AUGGCUGACCGAAAACGACAAAAGACAUCAGCGUCCACUCCAACGCGUAAGAAAAGACCGCCCAUCGAGAGCCCGGGCAGACAACGCACAUUGGACGCCUUUCUGCGGGGAGGCGUUGCAACCGCCAGUGUCGGCGCAAAGCCUUUGAGCGACGAAGGUUGGGAGCAAUGGCCCCCUGGCACAUUUGAUACUGUCAAAGUGGAAUGGGAGUCGGAGACACAGGAAGAGGGCACGAGCGAAGUUGUAACCACGAUAAGUGGCGCAUUGGCAUCUAGCUCUACUGCUUCAACGAACUCCACGUUAGAGAAGGCAGUUCCUACCGAGCAGUCUUCUCUCAAUACUGGGUCUUGUGCCAUUGACUUUACCGAAUUUUCCUCUGCGGAACUACCUUCAUACUGGCAAGCAGGCUGCCCAACUCCAUACAGAUGGCUUGUGGACCAAUUUGUGGCAGUAGAGAGAGUUACGACGCGGCAAGUCAUUACGAAUAUUCUUACAAACAUGCUCCGAACGAUCAUUCGUAAUGCGCCAGAAGAUUUGUUACCAGCAUUAUAUCUGUGUACUAACAGCUUAGCACCACCCUAUGAAGGUGUGGAGCUCGGUAUUGGCCCGCAAAUUUUGCUUAAAACGAUAACUUCCAUAUCGGAUAUGUCCUCCAAGGCAGUUAAAGCAGCUUGGGAAAAAUAUGGUGACUGGGGGGAUGUUGUCUUCACCGCUAGGGUCAAGAUGCAAAUGCUUGUUAAGCCAAAAGCGCUGCUAGUUUCUGGGGUCCUUCAAACCCUCCGAAAAAUAGCACAACUGAAAGGACAAGGAACCUUAAACCAGAAAAGUGAUCUCAUCAAGAAGAUGAUGGUGGCCUGUGAGGGUGAAGAGCUACGUUACUUGACUAGGACCCUAGUGUCCCAUUUGCGGAUUGGGGCCGUGCGAACAACGAUUCUUAUUGCUCUUAGUCAUGCAGCAGUACUGGAACAUAGUUUCGCUCCAUCUGAGAUUAAAACUACGCCCAGGGAUGCGAUAAAGACCCGCUUCAAACUGGCCGAACAGAUUAUAAAAGAAUGUUAUGCUCAGGUACCCAACUAUGAUCGCUUAGUGGCCGCCCUCUUGGAUCCUGCCACUGGUUUGUCAAGGAUGGGGGAUGUUCUCAAGUGUACUGUCGGGAUCCCUAUCCGGCCCAUGUUAGGAAAGAUCACUAGAGAUUUGGCGGACGUGUUCGAGAAAUUAGAAGGGCUGAACUACUGUGCAGAUUUCAAGUAUGAUGGACAGCGAGCGCAAAUUCAUCUAUCAGAAACGGGCCAAGUGUCGAUAUUUUCCCGACAUCUGGAAACAAUAACCGACAAGUUCCCGGAUAUAUUAUCAAUAAUACCAAGUACAAUUGCAGUAUCGACUGGAUCGUUUAUAAUUGAUUCGGAAGUGGUUGCAGUCGACGAGCAGGGCAAUAUCCUCUCCUUCCAAACUCUAAGCAACCGAGGCAGAAAAAACGUCGCUUUAAAAGAUGUCACUAUUGGAGUUUGUAUUUUUGUUUUCGAUUUAAUGUAUUUAAACGGGGAAAGUUUGAUCAAACGAUCCUUUCGAGAACGACGAGACGCUAUGAGAUCCGCAUUCAAGGAGAUUAAAGGACGCUUUGAAUUUGUGCCUCAGAUUGAAACAAGGGAUGCUGAUGAGCUGCAAGAGUUCUUGACGCGAUCACUGCAAGCGGGCUGUGAGGGUUUAAUGGUCAAGAUCCUUGAUAAGCCAGCUGUCACUGGCUCGGAAACGCUCCUGGCGACAUAUGAACCAGAUAAACGUACAGAGAGCUGGCUGAAGGUCAAGAAAGACUAUGUCGAGGGACUGGCAGAUAGUCUGGACCUGGUGCCAAUUGGGGCUUGGUACGGGACGGGAAGAAAGGCAACCUGGUAUUCCCCUUUUCUCAUGGCGGCGUAUAACCCUGAGACUGAGCAAUAUGAGACUGUGUGCAAGUGUAUGAGUGGCUUCUCGGAUGCAUUUUACAAGGAGAUGAAGAUAAAGUAUGCAAAAGACUCCGGUAACACUGUUGACUCUCCAAAGAGUUACUAUGCAGUAUCGGAUGCGUUACUCCCAGACGUUUGGUUUCUGCCGCUAGAGGUUUGGGAAAUUCGUGGUGCUGAUCUCACUCUUUCUCCCGUACAUCGUGCUGCGGCGGGAAGAGUAGAUGAAGUGCGAGGGAUAAGCCUUAGAUUCCCUCGGUUCAUCCGGACAAGAGGCGAUAAAGGACCGGAAGACGCAACGACGCCAGAUCAGAUUAGUGAAAUGUUUCUGAAGCAACGCCAACGCGCUAUCGAAGCCCCUGUUGCUGAUGAGGAUCCAGAAUUGGAAGAAGAAGAGGCCCAAUAAACAAGGCCAAACAAGCAGACUCAGUCCCUAACCCUGUUAAUGCUGUGGGAAGGCUGCAAUGCAGAAUUCUGGCACCUUUUUUUUUGGAAUGUU